AUGCGGAGAGCGGACGACCAGUACAAAGUGCUGGGCAUCCUGAUGGGGAAAGACGAGGUGGUCUGUGCCCUACUGAAGAUCGGGCAGACCAUCUCGCUCUGGAACCUCAGGGCGCUCACUGUAAAAGGGAAGGUGCUGGUCGUCAACGCCCUCUGCAUGUCCACGCUGGUGCACACGCUGACAGUGCUCCACCUGCCGGGCGACGUCGCAAACAGACUGAGAGGGACCGUCGGCCGCUUCAUUUGGAGGGGGGAGAGGACGCUCGUGGCCCACGAUACCUGCGUGGGGGGGCGACGACAGCGGGGUUCUGGGACCCUCCUCUGUCACGCCCCCUGGAAACCCUUCUUUGGCCACUCCAUGGCCCUGGAAGGCAGCCAGGGUAUAUAUAAGCUCUGCCAGAUGCUGCCACCUUCGAUGCUGGACGGCCUGCCCCCAUUCGAACGGGAGGCGUGGACGGCGUGGCGAACGCUGCGGCCCUGGGCGAUCGCCACGCCAGCCACGACCGAGCAGCUGUCCAGCAUCUCCCUGCGGUUCAACCCGGAUCUCCUGUCCAGCCCACCCGCCCCUCAGGAGUACAUGACUCUUUCUGUUCUACUCUCCUCCAAACUGGCUACCUCCCCUCCCUCUCUGUCUGAAAACCCUUCUGAACUUGUUUCUCACUACAACAACACCCUAUCCUCCUGUCUUGACGAACUGGCCCGCACCAAAACUAAAACCGUCUCUUUCACCCAUACUGCCCUCUGGUACACCCCUGAGCUCCAUCAAAUGAAGUCCCCCCCCCUGCAGCAGGGAGUCCCCCAAGGUUCGGUGCUUAGUCCUCUCCUCUUCAUUCUCUACAUCCUCCCCCUCGGCAACAUCAUUCGUCGUCACGGUCUCCGUUUUCACUGCUACGCUGACGACAUCCAACUUUACAUUUCCACAACAUCCAUCAACCCCACAAUCCACUCCACUCUCACCCACUGCCUAACAGACAUUAAAAACUGGAUGAAUCACAACUUCCUCAAACUUAACAGCGACAAAACAGACUUCAUCAUCAUCGGUCCACACAACAUCGCCAAAUCCUCACAACACUUCACCCUCCACUUUGACAACACCACACUCUCUCCAUCCUCACUCAUCCGUAACCUCGGUGUGCUCCUCGACCCCACUCUUUCAUUUGAACCCCACGUCAAGCACAUAACCCGGACUGCAUUCUUUCACCUCAAAAACAUAGCCCGUCUCCGCCCAUCACUCACCUUCUGUGCCGCUGAAACUCUCAUCCACGCAUUCAUUACAUCCAGAAUCGACUACUGCAAUAGCAUCCUCUACGGUACACCAUCCAAAACCCUCAACAGACUACAGUACAUUCAGAACUCUGCUGCCCACCUCCUCACCCACACCCGCUCACAUGAACACAUCACUCCUGUCCUCCACAAGCUCCACUGGCUCCCCGUCCCUCAGCGCAUCCACUUCAAAAUCCUUCUUAUCACAUUCAAAGCUCUCCACAACCUGGCCCCUCCUUACCUCACAGACCUGCUCCACCACCACACUCCAUCUCGCUCCCUCCGCUCCUCCAGCUCCAACCUCCUGUCCCUGCCCUGUAGGACCAAGCUCCGAACCUGGGGGGACAGAGCCUUCUCCAUCGCUGCCCCGACCCUCUGGAACUCACUACCAAAACCCCUCCGUGACUGCUCUGACCUCCCCACCUUCAAGAAAGAACUCAAAACUCACCUGUUCAAAAUCGCU